AUGGUUGAUUCUUCAUUAUCAAAUCUGCUUGAUGAAUGGUUUCCAAAUCCUAACGAGAGUAUGGGAGUUUCCGAUGUUAAUGAAACACCAUCAUCCCCAUUGUCGUCGUACUCGUUUUCGUCUACUUCUUCGUCGCCAGUAUUAUCAUUCACUGAGCCACAAAGCAUCGAGAAAAAAGAUUUAUCAUUGCCGAAUAACAAUGAAGAUAAUCAGAAACGAAAACGUAAACGUGAACAUAAAAAAGAUUCGACUGAAGCAAAAAAGUCAAAGCAAACACCUGCGUAUAUGCGAAGAAACAUUCGAAAUUUAUUUACCAACGAUAAAUUACAAGGUGAUACACUAUCAGCACUGAAAGCUGAACAAGAUAGAUUGAAAAGAUUAGAAGAAAUCAAUGCAGAUCAUGCUCAUUUACUAAACAACAACGUUCAUCCAGUGACUCAUUCGCCCAAUCAACAAGAAUACAUUGUACUCGACGAAGGAGGUGGUGAUGAUGAUGAUGUUGACGAUAACGAGCAACUGUACAAUUCAGCAUUGCUGAAGUCUUCAGAUAUGAAUAGAAGUACUGCUGAUGAUGAUGGUAAUGAUUCUGAUGUUCAAUGUGUCGACAGUGACACUGAAUAUGUAAAUGACAAUGUAACCAAGAAAUUGCAACGUUUACAUGUCUAUGAUCGGGUGAAUAUACCCGAUGAAUAUGGAAAUAUUUUGGUGAAUGUGAAUCAUCCGAGUGACGAUCCUGAUUUGUAUAUAACCCGACAUCUCUCCCCAGUUCUUAAACCUCAUCAAAUCGGUGGCAUACGUUUUAUGUACGACAAUAUCGUUGAGUCUCUGCAACGUUUUCAAGCAACACCCGGUCUCGGUUGUAUUCUUGCGCAUUCCAUGGGUUGUGGAAAGACACUACAAGUAAUCACCUUCAUUGAUAUUUUUCUACGUCACACAACAGCAAAAUCAAUUCUGGUUGUUGUACCGAUAAAUACUAUACAAAAUUGGGCAAAUGAGUUCAAUCGUUGGUGUCCAAUAGAUGAUCCGAAUGUUGGAUACACUCGUCCGUAUCAAUUGUAUAUAUUGAAUGAAACUUCGAAGAAAUUUGUUCAACGUGCUAAAAUUGUUCAAAAUUGGGCUCAAACAGGUGGAACACUGAUUAUCGGUUAUGAAAUGUUUCGGUUGUUGGUGACGAAGAAACCUAUGCAAAUGAGUACAUCGAUGAAAACUACGAAUUCAAUGAAAACUAUGAACAUACCGAGUCCAACAGCGUCUGUGUUUCAGGAUGGCGAGGAAGAGGAGAAAAAUUUCGAUACGAUGGAAGAUGUAGCAAAUGCAUUGAUUAAUCCUGAUCUUGUCAUUUGUGAUGAAGGUCAUCGAAUAAAGAAUCAUCUGGCUAGUGUUGCCAUUGCUUUAAAAUCAAUUCGAACUCAGCGUCGGAUUGUUCUCACCGGUUAUCCUUUACAGAAUAAUCUUAUUGAAUAUUGGUGCAUGGUUGAUUUUAUCCGUCCAAACUAUCUCGGCAGCAAACAAGAAUUUUGUAAUAUGUUCGAACGGCCCAUUCUCAACGGUCAAUGUGUUGAUUCAACGUCAGAAGACAGACAACUCAUGCGUGCACGUGCUCAUGUUUUGCACAGUUUACUCGAGGGUUUUAUUCAAAGACGGGGUCACGAUGUUCUACAGACAGACCUUCCGCCCAAAACGGAAUAUGUCAUUUUAUUGAAAUUAUCAUAUAACCAACGGCAAUUGUACAUGAAGUUUUUGGAAGCAGUUGGUGCUCUGUCGAAUACAACGGAGAAAACAUUAAAUCCUCUGAGAGCAUUCACAAUCUGUUGUAAAAUUUGGAAUCAUGCUGAUGUUCUGUAUAAAUUUGUACGUGACCGUCAAGAUGGUGCUGAUGUUGAUUUCGACAUGGAUAUCGAACAGAAUUCGAAUUCAACAAAUCGGGCGUUAACAACAAAAAGUCGAUCAAAUAAUCGAUUGAAUAUCAUCAACCGUUCAUCACCCAUUUCGUCACCACAGACGACUACGAUGAUGAGUCCGUUUGAAUUACAAACUUUAACAGAGAGGAAAGAUUUUGAUUAUGACUUUGCUAAUUCGAUCUUGAAUUCGUAUACGUGUGGUCAAUUAUCCAAUGGGAUUAAAUUUCAAGUGGCACUUACUAUUAUCGAUUUCUCCGUGCGACUCAGAGACAAAAUUCUCCUGUUCAGUCAAAGCUUGUUAACUCUGAAUGAACUGGAAAAAUUUCUGAAUCAACAACAAAUACCUAACACAGAUAAAAAAUGGGAAAAAAACACCAGUUAUUAUCGACUGGAUGGAAGUACCAGUGGUCUUGAACGUGAACGAUUGAUCAAUGCAUUCAAUGCACCUAACUCCAGUGCACAAUUGUUUCUGUUAUCAACACGAGCGGGUUGUCUUGGCAUAAAUCUAACAGCUGCGAAUCGUGUGAUUGUCUUAGAUGUGUCGUGGAAUCCGUGUCUUGAUGCACAAGCUAUUUGUCGGGUUUACCGUUAUGGGCAACGAAAACAUUGUUACAUAUAUCGUUUGAUCGCCGAUUUUACUAUGGAAAAGCGUAUUUACGAUAGACAAAUAGCUAAGCAAGGCAUGUCGGACCGUGUUGUUGAUGAACUGCAACCACAGAAUCAGUUCACCCGAAACGAAGUGGAAAAAUUGCUUCAUUUCGCCGCUGAAGAAGAACCAGCCGUUCCUGAUUUAGUUAAUCGAGUUGAAGAAAUUUCCGAUGAUCCGAUUUUACUAUUUAUUUCUAAACAAUAUGCGCAAUCGAUAACGAAAGUUCCUUUUACACACGAAUCUCUUCUAUUGGAUAAAAAAGAAAAUCAAUUAACAUCUGCAGAAAAGCGUCGUGCACAGAAACAUUAUCAACACGAAAAACAAAUGAAUAUCUAUGGAAAUCGAUCGAGAUUCAAUGCUUCUCGAGCCAGCUCAUCGUAUCUUAACAAUAGUUCACGAUUUUUGCAAGAAUAUCAACGUUUGCAUCGCUCACCUUUACCAUCCUUCGAAUCUCGGUACCCUCAAUACAACAACUAUCAAUUGCCGGAAAGAAAACAAGAGCCACCAAAACAAUCUGGCGCGUCCGUACAAGUCGUUACACUUCGUAGUCCGUUACAAGUGCAAAUAAACAGUUUUGAACGUGAACAUAUUCCAUCUGGUGCGAAAAUUCAGCUAAUAAAAUCAUCUCGCGGUUCGUAUGUUCGAACACCUGAUGGUCGAUACUUUAGUAUACGCCAGUCUCCAUCAACGGCUAUGAACAGUCCUCAGCCAACACCGAAAUUUCCUCCACUACUACGUUCACCACCGCGGCCGCCGCCGCCGCCGCAGUUGCCUCGACCACAGCCUACACCUCCUUCCGCUACUAGCUUAUUAGAUGAGCUGUUAUCCGAUUCCAUGCCGUUUCCUUCGUCGAGUAUCUUUUCGAAUGAUUUAAAUGAUUUAAAUGAUGAAAUUGAUCUUUUACUCGAUGAUUUAAAUUCCAGUCCCACUCCUGCUUCAUCGUCAACUCUCGAAAAUCGGACUCCCUGGCAAAAUGACGAUUUUUCUGCACUCUUCUCAAAUCCAUUCGACAUGUUUCCAUCAAUCAACAGUACCACCAACAACCCGACCACCAACAGCACUGACGCUGGUGAAAACAACAAUAGUUUCACAACGAAUCCUUUAACGUUUUUUUAA